UUCCUUCUCCUUCUCCCUCACUUUGCCGCAUGGCCCCAAAUCGAGCUCCUCGGAACCCCGACAGCAGCCGUCGCCCCAUCUCUUCUUUGGAUUUCCUCUUCGAUGGUGGGCAAAAGAUGUGGCGUCGAUCGACGAUGGGGCCAAGAUGCGGUGCGCUGAUUGCCACCCGGCACCCAGCACAUCGGAUACUCCACUACUCCCACACCUCCAUUCCUCAGCUUGCCGGUGGCCCAGAUCCAUGUUGUGCGUGUCCCGGAAGUGUCAGGCGACGGUGAGGGCCAAAUCUGGUAUAUACGAGCAUGCGGCAGCUUCCGGCACCCAACUGCUCGGGCGUUGUGGCGGGCGGGCGGGCGACGGAGCUGGCUGCGUCGGUUGGCGGCCGGUGCCUCUCCUCCCGUCCUCCGUUCCUCGAUGUCCCCGAUCCCAUUGGUUGCUGCAGCUGACACCGAGUGAAAACAUGAGGAUCAUCAUGUUCUUUAGGAAGUUAUUGCAGUGGGCAGAUGGAUCAGAGGAGAAAGGCGUCAUAACCUGAUGCCACUUGCUAGCUGAGAAUGUGUCUCCUUUCUUUCUUUUUCAUCUGUUUCUUUUAUGUUAUCUUGAAGAACAGGAGAGCAAUGCUAUCUUAGUCUUCUGUUCCUUUUGCUACUUCAUUCUUUUGAGUUGGUUGUGGUCAGUUUACUUUUGUAUGUAAUUGUACUGCUUCUGUAUGUAAUUGUACUGGGUUAUUAUAUAUUGCAAUCACAUGUGCUUGACUGCUUGUUCGAU